UCGCGAUCACUUCGACCUCAUCGUCUUCAUCGUUGUGUCGUGGCUUCUGCUGCUGACUGCUUUGCUCUGGUGUGGUCACGUGGACGUCAAAGUGGGGUUUGCGCCUGCGCUUUCGGCCCUUAGAAUCACUCGCCGGUCCCACUACACACUACGGGUUCUCUUCUCUUCACCCAACAAGUCCUCAGCUCUCGCCGUCAUUGAACUCACAGCUUCCAGCGGACGACAGAGCUGGAACCACAACCUGCUAAGGUGUGUUGACUGGCUAAUUAGUGGACAGACGAUUAGGCGCAGGCCAAGUAUUGUUGGCUAUACGGUUAGGCCAACGGUCGUUUAUUGGUUCGGUCACUUGGUCCGAUUCGUUAGUUAGCGGCCGACGAACGGGCGAUUGACGAGCGGCGUGUGGCAGACAGAGAUCAACAGAGAGGAGUAAAGCAGACAGAAGGCUGCUGCUGCUGCUGCUGCCGCUACGGGUUCGAGCUAACAGCGCCAGGAGCCAGCAGACAGGAGAGACAGGCAAAUAGCGAAUAGGGAGGCAAAAAAACAGGCUGGCAGAGGCUGGCCGCUGUUUCUGCUGUCGCGGGCUGCCAUUGCAAAGGGUCACUGCUGCUAACUGACUGAGUUGAGGUGACAGAACUGCUGCUAUUACUACGGCUGCUGCUGGUGUCGUGGUAUCACGAGAGCCGUUUAGUCUUCGCUCUCCCUCUCCCUCAGCGGCCACCAUCAUUACCGCUACUGCUACUGGGAGCGCCAACUGUGGUAGACAUUCUAUGAACUGUGAGCGACGACUGUGAAAAAAGACGUCGACAAGGACGAUAUAGACGGUGGGCGAUGAUGGCAGUCUGAGCAACAAGAGCGCGGCUGGGCGCGGAAGUGUUGGGCGUUCAGAGUCGGUCGUUGUCGGAAAGCUCGUACAACGCGAGCCAAAAAGGCCCAUUGCCACCACCGUAACAAUCGCCAGCAGCAGCGCGAAGACGAUCGCCACUACAACCGCAACGGCGGCAGCUGCGGCAUCAUCACUAUCGUAGUCAGUUACGAACGCGGUACGAACAAGCGUCGACUGAUACAAAUACCACAACGCAUCAUCAGAGCUCAACUAAACUGAGCUGAACUGGGUUGUCGUUGGGCCAGGCCAAGUGGUAACAGCCUGUUCGAAGGCAACAACAGCAGAAACAAUUGGUGAUGAUAUUCGAUUACCAUUAAAACUGUUGCUACAACGACGACGGCAAUAGCUACCACUUUUACUAUCUUUUAAUCGGACAAAACAGUCCCAGAAUUGAGCUGCUCAACCUGAGAUUAGCUACAGCAGCAGGAGCGACGGGAAACACUUCAGAGAGUGUAUGUGAUUGAAGAAGAUAAGAACAGUCAGAAGACCUACAAAGAAGAAGACUGCAAACUUACUAACUAGCUAAUUAUUGAAACAAGCAGUUAAACAGCAGUCAGCUCAGCCAGUAUCUAGUACUAUCAUCACUGCUGUACUCAUAAUGCACUCACACACAGCACAGUGUGCCUCAGCUCUAAGUACGAUCCAUCGUCGAGGCCGGAGUGCAUCACAAUGGGCUUGAAUUAAAUGUUCGGCGCCACGACGAAGUACUGUUAUUCCUACUGGCAUUGCCAAGAGUAACGAGGCGGCGAUCGAUCAAUUACCAGUCAGUAGGUCGCGAAUAGAUCGAAACGAAGGUGGCCUAUCGCAAUGUCGUACUUCCGUUGGAUGUGCUAGUGCCGGGCUGUUUUUCGCUGUCGCCGGCACAAUCGGAGUUAGUAACGUCGUCGCAACCGUAACUGUAACAAUUGUUUCGCUUUGUGGGACUAUUGCUGCAGCUGACGGCGGCUAAGGGACGAGUGAGUGUUCGUGCGAAAGCGACGGUCGUGGCUUAAAGGCGCUGUUGCGGGAGCUGCGCGAAGAUUGCAACCGAACAUGACGACGAAGACCACGAAGAUAACAACAAAAAAGUAAACAACAACAACAACAACAACGAGCGGGCCACGUCAGACAACGGUACAACCCGAAAGGACCAACAGGCGGCUACGAAUCACAAAACGAAAGCCAGGCCCAGGGCGGUCGCCUAUUCUCUCGUUUGCCACUUAUCGUCACCACUACAAUUACUAUUACGGGAGAGUGGCCCCUGGUGCUUGCAGCUGCUCGCGGCUGUCCAUCACCGCGUGCGCUGUAUACAUACGAAUAUAGAUAACAACAACAGUUGCAGCGGCGGAGUACGUCCGUAACGGAGGAUCUGCAUGGGGUGGCGGUCUGCCGAGCUGCUGUUUUUCAACCUCGUCGGUUCCGCUGUUGUCACUGCGCUGCUAUCACAACAUCGAAAGUCGCCCGAAUCAGUGUGACAACGUACGCAGAAAAUAGUAAUAAAAAUAAUAAAAACAAUAGCAGCGACAAAAGGCCAUAGAUUUCGCACGGUCGACGCACGGCGACAUUCGUCGCCUCAAGUAAUAAAGAAAAACGAAAUGGAUCCUGGAUCUCCUAAGUAGGCAACGGCAGGAUCCUGAUCAUCAUUAACAUCAGCACCAAAAGCACCACGACGGCCGUCACAGGAUAAAAUACGGGGAAAAUAAAUUGCCUGUUUAAGAUUCGUAUGACUGUGUGUGUGCGUGCAUUGACCGCCGCCUUAGGUGUGAAAUAGCUUGAUCUACUAGUGAGUGACUCUAUUUGUUUAUUUGUGUCUGUAUGCCUGUGCGCGCGGGCUAUUUGUGCCAGAAGCAGUUGUAGCUAACCGAGAACAAGGAAGGGACGGUAACGAAGGGCGCAGAAGUGUCUUGCUCACGACGACAAUGUCGGACAAGGAGAGCAGUGGGGGCGGAGGUGGAGGCGGCGGCAGCAGCAGUAAGGAGAAGAAGAAGGAGAUGAAGCGCGCCGACACGAAGAGGUCCGGCUUCUUCAAAGGGGUGCUCGACAAUCUCCGCUCGUCCGUGACCCAACUUCCCUCGGGAGGUAAGGGGCCCGGCAACGCGGGGGACGUGCAGGACAUCCCGGAGGAUAAGCUUCGAAAGGAACUAUUUAACAUCGAAAAGACCGCUCGCCACGGAUUUCCACAUAACCCAUUAGCUGUCACUUACGACCCCAUUCAGAAGCUAGUCGCAGUUGGAACACAUUCAGGGACUAUAAGAAUCUUAGGUCGACCCGGUGUCGAGAUCACACUUCAACAUGUGCUCGACUAUCCCGUCGUGCAGCUACAGUUUAUCGUCAAUGAGGGCCUAUUGCUCAGCCUUUGUGCAGAUGACCAAAUUCACGAGUGGAACAUUAAAAAUAAAACUCCUGAGAUCGUCCAUUCGCUCAAGUUCCAAAAGGAGCGAAUUACAUUUUUCCAUCUACCGUUCCAAAGUAAAUGGCUCUAUCUAGGGACGGAGGGUGGUAACGUUCACGUUGUCAAUAUUGACACCUUCUCGUUAUCCGGAUACGUUAUCAACUGGAACAAGGCCAUUGAAAUAUCCCGCAAGACGAAGCCCGGUGCAGUGGUGCACCUCAGCGAGAACCCCGUAGACUCGAAUAAGCUACUGAUAGGAUUUGAAACGGGCACGAUCGUCCUGUGGGAUCUGCGCAGUCGCGCGGCCGAGGUCCGCUUCCAGUACAACGAAGCACUGUCAUCAGUAUCAUGGCACUUCGAGGGCAAACAGUUCAUGGCGUCGCAUGGCGACGGCAGUUUGACGACAUUCAACAUCCGCCAACCCGGGAAGCCGCAAAGCGUCCUCUACCCACAUGCGCGCACAAAGACUCUCGCUCAGGGAGGGGGAGGCCCCGACCCAGCCGGUUCAUCGCCAGGCGGAGCAGCAGCAGCAACAGCCAGCGGGUCGCCGCUCGUUGUACCAAGUUCCUCCAGAAAUAACCUACUCCCUAUUACGAAGGUGCAAUGGAGAAUCACCCGAGCGGGAGAUAACUACGUUAUCUUUUCUGGUGGCCUCCCUUUUGAGAAAGGCAACAGCGAGGUGUCGACCCUGACUGUGUCCCAGGGCAGGUCGACUACGGUGCUGGAGAUGGAGAGCCCAAUUCUUGACUUCCUGACGCUCGACGAGUCGCCAUUUGCAUUCGACACGCAAGACCCGUUUGCCGUGGUGGUUUUACUGCGUAGCGAUCUCGUCGUUGUUGACCUUUUGACCCACGGGUAUCCGUGUUUCCGCAACCCGUACUCGAUGGACCUUCACGAAAGCAUGGUAAUAUGCUGCCAGUAUUUGGCAGACUGCCCGGGCGAACUCAUUCCAUGUCUGUACUCAGUAGGUGCCAGGGCAUCCGCCCAAUCGCGCCAUUUCUCUGAGCGCGAGUGGCCUAUCACUGGUGGUGAAUGGGGCCAGGGCAUAGUAUCCUACCCCGAAGUCAUCAUUACCGGACAUGCCGACGGAUCCGUCCGCUUCUGGGACGCAUCCUCUUUGGGCUUCCAACUAUUGUAUCGAUUGAAAACGUCGCGAUUAUUCGAAAAAUUGAAAUCGGACGAUCAUCCAUUCAUCGUGGAAAAGAUGUCGUUCGACCCCGAGGGACGGCAGUUGGCCAUCGCCGGAUCAUCUUACGUGGCGCUCUUCUCGUUUGCCAAGGCAGAGGGCAGCUGCUCGGUUACAGUUCUCGAUACGCCUAUCCAUUUUGAGAUGGAAGAACCUGCUCCGAUAGAGGUUCUACCAAGAGGACAAGUCACCAGUGGAGAACGUAUGGUGCUUCGGCCUUGUCCUCAAAAAUGGGCAGCUGGCCUGCAACCGACAUUGGUCUGCCAGUUUCUUUCAUCGGGCGCCGGCGGAAACGCCGACUCUGCUCGCCACGUAACCUGUAUGGCCGUCAGCUCUGCCUAUAAUCUACUAGCCUUCGGUAACGACUCGGGGCUCGUCGUCGUCGACACUGUCCAUAACACCUGCGUCCUCAACUUUGCAACGCCCGAACUCUACGAGCCCCAGCCCAAUAAGUCUCCUUCCAGUCAACCCAUUUCUCCCACCCAAUUUCCACCUUCAUCUCUUUGUGGCCAUCAGCCCACUCUUGAUCCUAUGAACCCUAUUACCUGUCGGGCUGCUGAAACGGAUCCCGCCUCUAGGACAGGCUCUGCGUCGGGUGAGACCACGCCUACCGAUCGACAAAAGGUUUUCUCCAAGGACCAGAAACCCUGUGUUGAGUGCAAAACAUUAACAAAAGAAGAUAGGGGCGCCGACAAGAGCUCGACUGAUAGAGGAAUCUUCAAGGACGGUAAAGUUGCCGAAAAAGCUGAGGACAAGCCCGGCGGUAGCUCCGGCGCCAAUCGUUGCAGAAGUCGCAGAGCGGACGCCCUCCGACGGGGAACGUCAAUUCAGGAGACGAUAGCGGACGCCUGCAAGAAAACCUUGCAGCGUAUGCUUUCGUCACCAUCCACCCGAUCUGCGGACCCCUACCAGAGGUCCCCGCGCUCCCCGAAGAGGCAAGAUAAUGGUCUUCCGGAUCCUGCCGAGAGCUCCCCCGACCAGUCAGCGAGUGUGAGCCCGACGACGCUGAAGUCGCAGCGUCACUACCUAGACCGCCGGUCCAAAUCGAUGCAGACAUCGGGGGGCGCAAGUGACUCGUGGCUUUCUGCUUCCUCGCAUCAGCAGCUGACGACAAUGUCGAGUUUGGGCGCGCACCCGGGUCGCAGGCUACUCCAGAAGCACCCCAAUCUCGCAUCACAGGAUGAACCGCCACAAUUUUUGCUUACGGCGUCUAACAACAUCGCCGCUACGUCCUCUUCAGAUUGCUCGUUCUCACGAUCCCGCUCGUCAUCGAUAUCGAGUUUGGAGAAUGUUUCCCAUGAGGCAAUUACGUGCCUAACCUUCUGCGACACGUUCUGUUCGAAGAAGGGCGACUGCUCGUCGGCGACGCCGUCACUUUGGGUGGGCACAAGUUUGGGUUCCGUAUUACUCUUGCCGCUCACUCUCGCCAACGAAUCCCGCUCGGCCCUCGCUUCUCCCGGUUCAGGGACCCUGUUCAAGCUCAAAAGCCCGGUGCUCUGCAUCGGCUUUAUGGAUAGCAGCGGCGCGCAGCUGGUGUCCGACGGCGGGCGGCUUCGGAGUGUUUCUACUUCCGCAAAUAGUCAUCUAGCCGUGUUGGUAAGCGAGAAGCUUGCCCGCGUCGUCAGCCUUCCUUCCCAGAAUACAGUCAUCAAGACGAACCUCACCGACACCUCGUUUGUGAUAUGCGCUGACGUGAUGCAGCUCAAAUCAUGUGAUGUGCCAUGUUUGGUGUCGUAUAUUGCAAACGGCAGCAUUCUGAUACAUAGCCUUCCGUCGCUGAAACCUGUCUUCGAGGACGAUUUGCAAACGCUGGUCGACCCGAAAAUUUCUCGAAUCUUUUGUCUAAGCAAAAACGGCCAUGGUCUGUAUAUGAGCUCGCCCACCGAGUUUCAGAAAUUCACCGUGAGCGCAGAGUUCUGUAAUCAGCUUCAGGAGCUAAAAUGCACCGUUCAUACAACGAAAGAAAUGCCUGAAGCUCCAAAGCAGUCUUUCUUUAAAGGGCUCUUCGGAGGGGGGCCCAGUAUCCUCGAUCGCGAGGAAUUAUUCGGAGCGGCGGGUAGCGGGAAGGCUUCUAAAGCCAUUGCUCGUCAUAUUCCUGGUAACGCAGCUAAUCUUGAAGGAAUGAAGGAACGGACCGGUACCGUUGCAGGAGAGGUUGCCCGAACGCGAAUGGCACUGGACGAACGGGGCCAGGCUCUAUCGCAACUGGAGGAGCGUUCCGGACGGAUGAUGAACGAGGCCGAGAUGUUUGCUAGCACUACUAGUCAACUGAUGAACAAAUACAAGGACAAGAAAUGGUACCAAUUUUGAGCUGAGCACUAACCAUUUAGAACGGUGGUGUCGUCGAAGGACCUCGUUCCCUGACGUAUCUCUUUGUAUCGCCUGGAAAGGAUUACACACCUACUAAGUGUACAAAGAGGUCACAAGCGCCUUGAUUUUCACAAAUCUAGCCAGCGAGAGUCCAACGAACCUAUGCCUUUGUCGCAAGUAGUCGUUCAUUCUACAAUUAUGACUACUUCUGUUAAAAGUUUCUGUAAUGUAUCGUUCACAUAAACCGUACCUAGGCCACACUACCGCCUGAUCCCUUUGGAUGAUGAUACUUCAUCGCUGAUCAACAAAUCUGUGGAUAAGAAGAAAGACUGUCUGACAGUGAUUGGCUUAUUUCUUCCUCCGCUUCGCUCCUUAUAAGCAGCAUGAAUAUGAAGAGUAGCAGUCGCUAAAUACACAACAACAACAGCAACAACGACGUUAAUAAUAACAUAACAUCAAACAAAUGAGAAGGAACGGACAAGCACGAAGGCCAUUGUUAGUGUGGCAAAGUUGAAAAAUGGUCGACGACAACGACACAAACAAGUCGAUCCACCCAAGCAAUGAAGUAGGAGUGAUGGUUUUUCUUACAGUCGAGUGAAAAGAAAAACAAACUGAAGCCAGAGCCGAUAAACCUGACGCAAAGAGGGACAAACACACAGGCGACCUAUACAAAAAGCGAAACAUCAUCAGCAAAACGUGUUGCCUAAUUAACAAUAAAAUAUUAACAAAUAUUUAAGUAUCUGUAUAACAAACAUAUGACUAGGCAGGUUAUUGACAGGUAGCCAACAACAACCGACGACAACGACACCUUUGCAAACUAUUGAAGUGCAACAUGAUUAACAAGUUAGCAGUGUCCUGCAGUAAUAAUAAAUAACAGCUGUUAGUUUGAUCGAUUAAUAAUCGGAUCCAGAGGACCGUCCUCGGUAAGGACCGUAGUAUUUACGAGCUGAAUCAAAUCACCUAGCAGAUACGUGACAUAAAGCAACAAGUGAUUCUAUGAUGAUUACAUAAAAAUCAUGACCGUAACGAUUAUUAUAUUAAAAUUUCGACAGAUCCUAGUAUUGUUAAAAUCAUUAUGGCGUCAAUUUCGAGAAAACCAUUUCUGAAAGGCUGAUUCAUCUACCAAUCCGUUGAUUUUCUACCAUGAAUAUAUAUAUAUAUAUAUAUAUAUAUAUAUAUAUAUACAUUUAUGUAUAUGUAUCACCAUUAUAUAAUAUAAAUGGAUAUAUAACCAUAAUCAUAUGAGUAUACUACGAAAAAUAUUCUACUAUCAUUAAAAUAUAGAUAAAAAUGAGAAUAAUUGUAAUGGUGUGAUAAGGGAAUAGUAAUAGUUUAUUAUCUAAGGUUGCUUUGGAAGGGGCAUUGACACGCCGAUUUGAAGGGCUCGGGCCGUCAGUGGCGAUUAAACUAUGGGAAUGAAUAACUAACGAUGAUAGUUAUAGAGAAACCAUGCUAACAGAACCUAGCUAAUGUUUACUAUAAAAUAUUUAAUAACAACGAUAAUAAUAAUAAUAAUAAAUGUUCAUUAACUACAUUGAGCCGGUAAUUGUCUUGCUGGCUAGCUGGCUGGCUGGCCAGCGCACAAACGGACCCGGCCAAGCGAGAAGCGCCAUGUGACAAGAGAUAAUCGCGCAUAAGAAAAACAAGAUCUUACACAGAAGUAAUAGCAUGUUGGUAAAACAAAAAUGGCGAGUGCCAACAUGCGCACAAGUUAGGUUAUCAGACCGCAGCCAAACGAAAAGACAUUGAUACACACACGCACAUGCAAACUUUACGCAGAGAUGAAGCAGAUUGCACGUGAGAUACCGAUAAUUAAUAUUAAAGAAAAGCAUGAUUUCGUGAUGGAUUAAUGCUACGUGCAGUCCGCAGACGCUGUGGAAGACCGCCGCUGAUGAUGAGAAUGUUCAAGUGGCCCUUUAUCCAGAUGAACGACCAGUUCUCACGCGGCGAGUCGCACAGCCAGCAUUCCUCAGCGUAUUUUGAGUGGAGCUUACAGACUAUUUACAAUCUCCCCGUCAAAAUAGAUUGCGGACAGAGAAAAAUACAUAAUAUACUAAUUAAUGCUUUUAUUAUUACUGUUGUUGUUUUUGCUUUUUCCCCCCACAUCCCCACAGACGGAACACCAGCCAUACACAGCUCUAUAUUUAUCCAUCUAACCACAUGAACAUCUAUCAGUGCAUCCAUAUAUAUAUAUAUGAGUAUAACUUUUUUUUCUCUCAAACGAUGAAUUGACUGUAAAAUGUGUAGAUUAAGACAGAAAUACAAAGACAGCCUAAUAAACGGUUGACGAUGGCAACGGUGAGAGCAGCAGCUACCAAUAUGCCUGCCUUCAAUCAAACGCACGGACACAAGCAAGCGAGUGCAGAAGGCAACGUCUAUAGGCUGCAAAGAGCCGAAACAAAAUUGUGAAGGCGGAGCGUGGGAGGGUUUAACAACUUCUUCAACAACGUGGGAGGGUUCUUUCGCCUUAUGCCUCUUCUAACCUAUACAUUUCCGACUGGCAGAUAGUGGUAACGGAGCGAUCAUCCGCUUCGUCACCGUUGAUCCGCUCAGGGGCAACUGGCGACGAUGCUACAGAACAUGAAGUCAAUUGUGUUACUCUAAGCACUGACAUAGAAAUAGAGCGGGAUCGAGUAGCGACAACGAACGAGAGUGAAACUGUUGCUCGACACUAUCUCUGGUCUCCCCACUGGUCUUCUCGUUCGGCCACAUAUUCGUCCUUCGUUCUUCUUCAAAAAGAACGAACCGAUCUAGUAGGAACAUCAAAUGCAGGGCAUGUAGAAAACAAGCGCUCACUCACAAACAUACACACAAACACAUGGGAACAAAUAACAUUUAAAUUAUAUCAUUAUUAUAUUGAAAAUGUUAGCGAUACACUAAUGCGGACAGAAUUAAGUACGAUUAUGAAGAAUAAAAGAAACAGUAAUAAGCGACAAAAAUACACUUGCUUUUGAAGAUGGCAAAUCGAAUAUCUCGUUAGUGGUCCAAAUAAAUUAUUUGGAGUCUCACAUUGCCAUACACUGAGACCCUCCGGUCAAAGGAGCCAAGAUUAGAAGCAUCUUGACGAAUACCUCUACCAGCCGUGCGUUAUCCGUUGACAUCAGACAGACAGAAAUAAGACGGUAUUCACCGUAGGCAAUGACCAUUUAAGUCAGCGGGCUCUAACGACAAAAAAUUAAUCUACUCGUUUUGGAAGACUUGGAUCGACCCUGUGAAAGCUGAUCGAAACAAGAACUGGGCAAAGAACAGGCAAUACUCUUGUAAAAGACGAUUAGAAAUGUACGGUUUUAUGUUGUUAUCACACUUCAGAUGUUUAUUAGUUAGCAGCACCCUUGUCACAGCCAGCACUGUUGCGGACAGGGGCAAACAUUACGGAAUAUAUAUAGUUUGUGAACGUAUGUAAUAACGAUUUCGGUUUUGUUCUUAAACUCUAAAAGAGUUUAAGAAUAAGCGAAUUUAUAGUAAAAGAAAAUACGACAGGUUAACCUGAUGAAAUGUAGAAUUAAUCAAAUGUAUUUAUCUCUUCUUACAACAAUAUUUCCAGUUGAUAUUGCCGCUUAUUAAGAACUGCAACUUCAAGGCGCAAAAAUGGUCACAAAAAGUGUUCAUGUCUAUCUGGUCGGACGCGUUAAAAUCUUCAAUCUCACUUCCAAUAAAAAAAACUGCAUGUCCAGUCUAUGGCCUCUUUUCCCUCCGUUCCACUAAAGGCUAGCAACAUAAACAUAAUCAUAGCCGUCUAACGUUCAAACAAUGUGUAAGUUUAAAUCGAGCCGAUAAGCGUCGACGAUGUGUAACUCCUGUUUGAGCGUGGUGUUCAAGAAUAUAUAUGGACGGAUAUGAUUCCCGCCUGUCGAGAGUUUGCCACUCCGAAGAUGGCGACGAUUGCCAACGCAUGAACUUGAGCACUCGCUUCGUUCAAAACAAAAAUCGAUAUAUUUACCCAAUUCCGCAUCUGAAGAUUAGUUGUCUGUCUUCUAAUUUACAAGUCGCGUGUUUUUACUCCGUGUUGUAGCUUGACGCCCUUCUAAGCGACGUUAUGAUGCCUCCUUAUACUCCGGUCGACACCUCGGAUAUACACUUUAUGCUGUUUUUUGUAAUUAGUUGACUCCAUGUGAUGAUCUCAUAACUUUAAGCUGUAUUAUAGUCUACAUUAUGUAUAGUAAGCAAAAACUUAACUAACAACAGAAUGCAAGUAUCUUACCAAGUUGUUCCUAGCAUGCUAAGAACAACUUGGUAAGAUACUUGCAUUCUUGGAUGGAAUCUUAUACUUUGGACAAAAAAAAAUUUAUGUCACUUUCAAAGUCGCUUGUAUCAUUCGAUUCCAUGCAGCCUUGUGCGCGUAUUUUUACAAUUAUAGAUAUUAAUUCUACGACUAAUGAAUAUUACGAAAUAAAGCCGUUUAUGUUUUGGUCAAAGGGAAAACCUAUGGCGCGUUUCGUCCACUUUUUCGCUCCGCAGUCAUACUAGACGCGCGCCGCCAUUUCAAAUAUUCAGUCAAAUAUGCAUCGCGCUUGCAUAGCCUGUCACUCGAACGCAUUCUUCUUAAGCAGUUGCAGGUUUUCAAAGCAGAAGCUGCUGAUCAGGGGUCUAAUUUAGAAUAGAGGUAUUGAUCGUUUAAGAAUAGACCCAAUAUGACAACGAUCUUGAAUCGUUCGGAUGGUUUCUAGUCAGUCUCGUAUGGUCUCUCAAUUAAAAUGAAACAUCCGUAAAAUAAUGUUAGUACCAUGAGUUAAUACGUCAACCAGCAGUCGAUGCAGUGUGCUUCGUUACGCCCACUCACUAUAUCAUACUAAAUGAGCUCAUUCGUACACCGCUAUUUAUACGAACUAUUGAGGUACUACGCUUUGCCUCACGAGGAUGCCGACCCGUGAACACAUUAAUACAUGGCGAAUAGGUCCGAUGACAAGAAAAAAAACCUCGCCAUUUUCGGGUACAAGGGCCAUUUGGGCCUCUUUUAAGUAAGCCAGCAUUAAGUAUCUAGCCGAUUAAUUUAUAAACUUGCUCAUCUAACGUUUGACAAACGUUAUUAAUUACUUAUUUUCCAUUAAUACUGCUUCUUCCGAUAUGAGAUUUUUAACACCUUUGUGGGUCAUACGAGCUAGCAAUUUUAGCGGCAAUAAAAGUAUGUCACUGAUAGAUACAAACGGUUCUGCUUCAUUGUUGAAAAAAGAAGACGUAACUGCGCUACACUAUCUCGGCUAUCACAGCGUUCGUUAAAGCGCCUUAGUUAAAGUAGAUACUAUUUUCAAUAUAAUCAUUCCACUGAUCAUCAGAUCUGACUGAUUACAUCUACCAUUGCUUUGCGUAAUGCGCAACGGCUGUUAACGACAGAGACCGGCGAAUUUCGGAGACGUACCGUCUCUCGAAUCGUUAGUCCUCUUCAUCGGCUCAGAAUUAAUCUGUCAGCUUUUUCGAGCCACGAACACGUCUUGGACGCAAAGCGCUAUUAUAUGCAUAUAUUUCGUGUAUUUUAUACAACAAAUGUCUUACAAGUAUCACGAAUAGCCUUGAUAACCGCCACAGUUAUGUAUCUUGAGAACCUCGCCCCUUGAUCAGUGCAAAGUUGCAUUUACUACAAAAACAAAAAAAAAAAAAAAGGAAACUUUUUUUGUAUGUCCCAUUAACCUACAAGUUUUCGCCACGCUAAGAUAUACCGCUGGAGAUUACUAUUCAGGCAAAAAAUCAUAAGUUGAUGAGCCAAUAAAUUGACAACUGUGGGCUUUUGCGGUCAAGCGAUCAAUCUACGGGUGGCUAAACACGCAUGCUUAAACGAACAAAAGUAUAGACACAAAUAAGCCAAAGCCAUCCGAAUUACUCUAAGAAAGCCAUAGCAGCCUCGUGAGGGCUUACGUGAUUAUCUCGGUUAUUCCACACGACCCGUACAGCAACGUGCCCGAUUUGCUGCUCAACUAUCUUCUUAUGGUAGAGUCUCAUCGAUUGUACUUGAUAAACCAUAGUGUAUUAUUAAUUGGCGGUACUGAUUAUCCAAUUUGUAUUACCGAUGUUGCUAUAUAAAUAGUAACUUUACAACAUGACAAUAGAACUCGCAGUUAAAUAGAAGAGCAAGUAAGUGCUGAAGUAGUCAACGAUGUUUAUUGCUUCCUGUAGUGAUAUAAACAGAUCCGGGCAGGUGAGAUAAGAACGAGGUACGACCCUUUCAAGCAGGAUUAGAGCCUUAUCGAUCAAUCUAUUACGUAUGUUUGCAUGCCCUUAGCGGCAGGCAAAGCAUUUACAUGUAAAAAAAAAAAGAUCGAACCUCAGUUACAUUUUUACUUCGCCUACUUCUCGAGAACUUGAGUAAAGCCCAAGUAAUCAAAUUGCAAAUCGUUGUUGUACCUUUGAUUUAGAAAGUGGUAGCCACUUGAUUGGAUACGUGAAUAUCCAGCUAGUUAAUAUGGCAGUAGCUCUAAUUGAUUUACUUAAUACCGAUCAAGGAAAUGGAGUGAAUACGAUGCAUCCUUAGGAGAAGAUCUAUGUAAAUCCGUUACGAAAUUAAAUGUCAGUAAUUACAAUGACAUCAGCUCAAAUAAAAACAGCAUAGUAAUUCUAUUUAGGAGACAUAAUUGUUGUUACAGACACAAGCAAAUCGAAAAGCGAAACGUACCACCGUGUGACACCGUAAAAUAAAGGUACGUGUCAAUCUUAACUUUUUGUUAUGAACUUUGUGCUCUUAUCAAAAAUGCUACAAAAUAUCCUAAGUUGAUAGAAAUGGUAACUAUAAGGACGACAAACGUCAAACGCCGAAAACCUACGAAGGCUUACAUACUGCAGAGGGCGUAACGGUGGAUUGAGACGAAGUAAGUGAACGCAGUAUUCUGUUGUUUUAUUUUUUCUUUUCAUCAAUUCCAUGUGCUUAUUAAUUAAUCAUCACAAUGUACUUUCACUCCUUAGAGUCCUGCAGCGGCCAUUUUAUUACCACUGCUAUUGCUAGCCGGAUAUAUCUUGCAACACCCUGAUCUUCUUGCCGCUAUUAAUGUUAUACUUUCGAAACUAACGAUUAAUUGAAUUGUUGUUUUACUUAUCUGAUUUCCAAUUGUUAUCGUAUAUAGAUUCGAAGUAGACAACAACAAUGGCCCAUAAUGUAUUUAUUGCUUAACAAUUAUCUACGUAUUAUUUGACAAAGAAUAAAGUCAAGCCUUGAAACCCUAGUGUUUCUAUUCGUUGUGGGUGUAAUUUGUGUUUCCUCUCUACAACAUGUUCUUGGCUAAUUUGAUCUAUCUCAUUUUAUCAUUAUAUUACAGUAUAUUCCCCAUGUUCUAAUUAAGCUUUUGGUAGAAAGCCCUUUAUGACUGGCAAACGCCAUUUUCUCUAUCACACUGCCGGGGCUACUGCGCAUAGUAUUCGUAUAGUUCUCCUACCAUCGAAUUGCGUCCCUACAAAUGAGUUUUUAUGAUCAGUGUCGAAUCCUCAGAAGGGUAGGCGACAGAUAUAGAACAAAAAAAUAUGAGCCCACGCUGGCUGCUGUAUCCUCGAGGGCUCCCUAACCAAAAGACUGCAUUGUUCCUUAUCUCGCCCUUUCUUCGUUCCUUUUUCCUCUUUCCUCUUCUUUUUCUUCGUCUUCUGUUCUUCCUCGUAGAAUAAUAACUGUUCAUUAUUCUGCACGUUCGUGCAUUUCGUGCUUCAACCUAAAUCCGUUUCAUUCCUACCCGACCAGCCCAUACCAACAACGUACAUCAUGCAGGCGUAUCGUACCGAUACACAUACGCCAAUGACGUACGAACUCUAGUUGUGAUUUUGGCUUAUUAAUACUAUUGUGUUAGCAACUAAAUGGAGUGUAGUUAAUUGAGGAGAGACUAACCAGUAAAGGGAAAUAGCGGUAUUGCAUAUUCUGUCAAUGCUGGACAGCUACGACAAGCAAGUUUCCAAUCCUGCACAACUUUUCAAAAAAUGACCGCAAGGUGGCGGGAGAGAGCUCGAACAGACUUCGUAUUUUCAAGAUUUGUUUGGUCAUAGUAUCGAGUAUUCGUAUACGAAUCGCCCUACUGUGAGUACGUACGGCAUGGGAUGUCCCAUACGGCAGAAAGGAACAAGCGCGCCUGGAUAGUCCACAGACAUAUAGAGGAAUAGAAGAGACGCUGAAUAAUGUCAUUUGAACUAGACUGUGACAAUUGUUGAAGUCUACUGUAGUUCAAGGUUUUCAGGAUGAGUAUGUUUACGCAGAGAGAAGGCAGUGCAUGGUAGUAUUAUACAAUUCGUCGUGAAAACAGAGCUGCGUAUCGAGGACCUAGCCAUUUCAGUGAUCCUCAAUCUAAGACCUUGUGUUUUUGUUCAUUAAUGUCCUUGUUAUUAAUGAUUUCACCGACAAGAAUCCAGCCCGCCUUGCCAGGAGACACAGAAGAAUUCAUCCGCCAAUUGCUGCAUAGUGAAUCGAUAGACAUUUGCGUAGACACAUAUACACAUGCGCUGCCCAACUCCUCAUGAGAGACACGACAAAGAAACCGGACAUAACAUACGAUACAAUUGUAACCAAAUCAUGAUUAAAAACUGGAUAUGGAUGACACCAUUUUGACGUCCAUGAGUGUCUCGACGGCAGAGAUGGAGACGGAUAACAUAGAUAUUUAUAAGAGGCCGCUCAGUAUCUACCUUGGGCCACACAAGCGUUUUUACUAUGGCAGAUGAUGUUCCUUAUCAGAAAUAGUACCUCAAUUUUGACCCACACGUAUCAGGCUAAAAACAUAGGCGGACCAAAUACGAAGCAGAAGACGGCUGUCAAUGAGGACAACGAUGAUGUAAUGAAGUUUUUCACGAGACUGUAUGUAUAACAGUCAGCCGCU